AUGGUGGCAACGGACUAUGAGGGUUGUAUUAGGUUUGAUGAUGGUCUUAGGGAUAGCCUUAGAGUAUUGAUAACUCCAAAAAGGGAACGAGUUUUCUCGGAGUUGGUUGAGAAAGCAAAGAUAGCAGAGGAGGUAAAGCACACUGAGCACCUAAAUCGGGAAAAAGAAAGGGGGGUGCCACCAUGUGCUGAUUGUGGAAAAGGUCAUGAAGGCGAGUGCUGGAAGAGGACGAGAGCUUGUCUAGCUUGUGGAUAUAUGGAGCAUAGGAUCAGGAAUUGCCCUAAAAUGCCAACCCAAGUGCCAGUCGUGGGUCAAGAUGGUGUUCAACCACCAAGGGGUGGUCAGUUGCCACCAAGGGGUCAUGGGCAGGCCAAGGGCGGUAACUACAACAGACGUGGACAUGGAGUACCAGGCGAAAAUGUAGGCCAUACUAAGGUGAGACAGCCAGCUUUUUUUUAUGUUACUCGUUGCCGAGUAGACAGGGAUGCCCUAGAUGUGAUAACGGGUAUGUUCUUUUUUCAUGAGUUACCUUACACCACAUUUAUUGAUAUUGGAUCAACGCAUUCAUAUGUUGCAUGCAAUAUGACUGAACCUUUGGGUUAUAUGUUUGAAAUUACUACGAAUGAGAUUACUGUGAUAAGUCCGUUAGGUCAGUCAGUGGGAGUGAAUAAGUUGUUUAGGGAGGUACCCAUAGUAGUCCAAGGGGUUACCUUUUUGGCAGAUUUGAUGGAACUGUCGUUUAGUGAGUUUGAUUUGAUCUUGGGUCUGGAUUGGCUGGUGAAACACCGAGCCACCUUGGAUUGCGCUCCAAAGAGAAUGGUGUUAGGAACGACGGAGGAUAAAGAAGUGGUGGUGAUUGGUGAACGCCGAAAUUAUCUGUCGAAUGUGAUUUUGGCAUUAAAGGCUGAGAAGUUGGAGCUACCAGGGUUGCCGCCCAAUAGAGAAGUAGAAUUUGGAAUCGAGUUGUUACCUGGUACGGCCCUGGUGUCCAUCGCCCCUUAUCGAAUGGCACCAAAGGAAUUGGUAGAACUUAAGGCACUACGAGUUCUUGGUGACGCCAUUCAGGCUAACGAACGCACCUGCCGCUUUCAUGGAUCUCAUGAAUCGGGUCUUCAAACCCUACCUGGAUCAGUUCGUGGAUAUUAUAGGCGGUUUGUUGAGGGCUUCUCAUUAAUUGCUGCACCGUUAACUAAGUUGUUGAGGAAGGGACCAGAGCCUAGGAAGGAGUUUACGGUUUAUAAUGAUGCAUCAUAUGUAGGCUUGGGCUACGUGUUGAUGCAGGAAAGAAAGGUUGUUGCGAAUGCGUCACAGCAACUUAAGACUCAUAAGGUGAAUUACCCAACCCAUGACUUGGAACUAGCUGUAGUGGUCUUCGCGCUAAAAAUAUGA